AUGAAGGUCUCAAGCUGCUUUCUUAUUUUCACUUUUUUCUUCUCUUCAUUCUCAUCAUUUUCUUUGGCUUUAACUGAUGUUGAGGCAUCCUAUAUUGCGCAUAGACAACUUCUGGACCUUUCCCAGAACAAAGAUGAGUCUGGCUUUAACUUUGAUCCUAGCUUAGCUUUUGAAAACCCGAGGCUCAAGAGAGCUUAUAUUGCUCUUCAAGCAUGGAAAAAAGCUAUGUACUCUGACCCUUUCAAUACGACUGGAAAUUGGGUUGGUGCGAAUGUGUGCGCCUAUAAUGGUAUACUCUGUUCACCGGCACGCGAUGAUUCUAAAUUGAAGGUUGUUUCUGGUGUCCAUCUUAACAAUGCUGACAUAGCUGGGUACUUUCCGGUUGAGCUCGCGCUCUUGACUGAUCUCACCACAUUCCACAUAAACACUAAUCGGUUUUGUGGAAUCAUCCCGGAUAGUUUCUCUAAACUUCAACAAUUGGAAGAGCUUGAUGUCAAUAACAACCGUUUCGUAGGUAAAUUUCCAAAUGCUGUUCUAGAGUUGAAUCACCUUUCUAACCUUGACAUUAGAAACAAUAAUUUCGAAGGGCCAAUUCCAGCAAAACUCUUUGAAAAGAAUAUUGAUGUUUUGCUCUUGACAAACAAUAAUUUCACAUCCAAAAUCCCUGAUCAAUGUGAAUGGAAGUGUGGAACAUAUCCACCUCCUCUGACACCAUCAAAGAGUUAUACUCCACCUCCCACAUCUAAGCCACCAACAUCAACACCACCAACACCUACAUCCCAAGCAUCACCUCCUCCGACUCCAUCAAAGAGUUAUACUCCACCUCCCACAUCAAAACCGCCAACUUCAACUCCACCAACCCCUUCAUCCCAAUCGUCACCUCCUCCAACACCAUCAAAGAGUUAUACUCCACCUCCCACAUCCAAGCCACCAACAUCAACUCCACCUCCCACAUCCAAGCCACCAACAUCAACUCCACCAGCCCCUUCAUCCUAUGCAUCACCUCCUCCGACACCAUCAACGAGUUAUACUCCACCUCCCACAUCAAAGCCACCAACAUCCACUCCGCCAACCCCUUCAUCCCAAGCAUCACCCCCUCCGACACCGUCAACGAGUUAUAAUCCACCUCCCACAUCAAAGCCACCAACAUCAACUCCGCCGACCCCUUCAUCCCAAGCAUCACCACCUCCAACGCCAUCAAUGGAUUACAUUCCACCUCCCACAUCAAAGCCCCCAACAUCAACUCCACCAACUCCUUCAUCCGAAGCAUCACCUCCUCCGACACCAUCAACGACUUACACUCCACCUCCCACAUCAAAGCCACCAACCCCUUCAUCCCAAUCAUCACCUCCUCCGACGCCAUCAAUAAGCUAUACUCCACCUGCCACAUCCAAGCCACCAUCAUCAACUCCACCAACUCCUUCAUCCCAAACAUCACCUCCUCCGACCCCAUCUAAGAGUUAUACUCCGCCGCCCACUUCAACUCCACCAAGCCCUUCAUCUAAAGUAUCGCCUCCACCGAAAGAAGAAAAAACUUAUACUCCACCUCCCAUUUCCAAGCCACCAUCUUCAACUCCACCAAGCCCUUCAUCCAAAAUAUCGCCUCCACCGGAAGAAGAAAAAACUUAUACUCCACCUCCCAUUUCCAAACCACCAACUUCAACUCCACCAAGCCCUUCAUCCAAAGUAUUGCCUCCACCGGAAGAAGAAAAAACGUAUACUCCACCUCCCACAUCCAAGCCCCCAUCAUCAACUCCACCAUCAGAAGCCUCACCUCCUCCGACCCUAUCCAAAAGUUAUACUCCGCCACCCACUGCAACUCCACCAAGCCCUUCAUCCAAAGUAUCACCUCCACCAAAAGAAGUAACAACUUAUAUUCCACCUCCCAUUUCUAAGCCACCAACUUCAACUCCACCAAGCCCUUCAAAACAAGCAUCACCUCCUCAAGAAUAUAACACUUAUUCUCCACCUCCCACAUCCAAGCCACCAACAUCAACUCCGCCAACUCCUUCCACUCACACAUCACCUCCUCCAACACCAUCAACGGGUUACAAUCCACCUCCAACAUCAAAGCCACCAACAUCAACUCCGUCAACCCCAUCAUCCCAACCAUCACCUCCUCCGACACCAUCAAAGAGUUAUACUCCACCUCCCACAUCAAAACCACCAACAUCAAUUCCACCAACUCCUUCAUCCCAAACAUCACCUCCUCCGACACCAUCAAAGACUUAUACUCCUCCUCCCACUUCUAGUCCACCAAUUCACACACCAAAGCGAUCUCCUGUCCCAACUCCGUUUUUGACACCAGUUUCAGCUCCUCCUAAACCUGGCAAAGCAUCUCCAGGUCCUGCUCCGACACGAACACCAAUUUCAGAUCCUCCUAAACCUGGGAAAGCAACUCCAGGCCCAGCACCAACUCAAACGCCAGUUUCAGCUCCUCCUAAACCUGGCAAAUCAUCUCCAGGCCCAGCUCCGACUCAAACACCAGUUUCAUCUCCCCCUAAACCUGGAAAAGCAUCUCCAGGCCCAGCUCCAACUCAAAUACCAGUUUCAUCUCCCCCUAAACCUAUUAAAGCAUCUCCUGGCCCAUCUCCGAUUCGAACACCAGUUUUAGCUCCCCCCAAACCUGGCAAAACAUCUCCAGGCCCAGCUCCGACUCAAACACUAGUUUCGGCUCCUCCUAAACCUGGCAAAGCAUCUCCAGGCCCAGCUCCGACUAGAACACCAGCUUCGGCUCCACCUAAACCUGGCAAAGCAUCUCCAGGCCCAGCUCCAACUCAAACACCCAUUUCAACUCCCCCUAAACCUAUCAAAGCAUCUCCUGGCCCAUCUCCAACUCAAACACCAAUUCAACCUCCACAGAAACCUCUUACGCUAUCUCCAUUCCCAGCUCCGACUUUAACACCAGUUUUUUCUCCUCCUAAACGAUCUCCAGCCCCAGCUCCCGCUCCAAAACUAAGUUCUCCACCUCAAAAACCUCCUACACCAUCCCCAGUCCUAACUCCUACUAAAACACCAAGUUCUCCCCAUAAAUCUCCUCAACAGUCUCCUGUCCCAGCCCCAGCUCCAACUCGAACACCGGUUAAUCCUCCCCAGAAACCUCCUAAGCCAUCUCCAGUCCAGGCUCCGACUCAUACACCAGUUUUAGCACCUCCUAAGCCAUCUCCAGUCCCGACUCCUUCUCAAACACCCGUUUCUCCACCUCAAAAACCUCCUAAGCCAUCUCCAGUCCCGACUCCAACUCAUACACCAGCUUCAGCACCACCUAAACCAUCUCGAGUCCCAACCCCUGCUCAAACACCAAAUUCUCCACCUCAAAAACCUCCUACGCCAUCUUCAGUCCCUACUCCGACUCAUACACCAGUCUCAUCUCCUCCUAAACCAUCCCCAAUCCCGACUCCUGCUGGAACACCAAAUUCUCCACCUCAGAAACCUCAUAAGCCAUCUCCAUCCCCAACUCCAUUUUUGACACCAACUCCUAUGCCUCCCAAACCCAUUACGCCAUCUCCAGUCCCAACUCCAACUUCUACACCAGUUUCAAGUCCUCCUAAGCCAUCUCUUGUCCCACCACCGGUUCAAUCGCAUCUACCACCACCACCAACUUCUACACCAGUUUCAUCUCCUCCUAAACCAUCUCCUGUCCUACCACCGGUUCAAUCGCUUCCACCACCUCUACCACCAAUUUCUACACCAGUUUCAUCUCCUCCUAAACUAUCUCCUGUCCCACCAACACCCGCACAAUCUGUAGCUCCUCCUCCUACUCAGACCGUUAUUUUACCACCGCCUGGACCAGAUGACUUCAUUCUCCCACCAACCUUGGGCGCUGUAUACUCUUCCCCACCUCCACCAAUGUUCCAAGGAUACUAGAUAGUUCACCAUUAACAUUUUUUUAUUUGUGCUUACCAUUAAUUUUAGCUCGAGAAUAUACGUACGUACAAAGUCACUCUUCAAGAUGAGCUUCUAAACAACAGACAGUUAUGCGAUCUUUUCACCAUUUGAAUGGUUAUUUGUAAAAGUUGUGUAAGAGUGAAUUAAAAAGGUACUUGUGAAUUCUUUCCAUUAUUACGUGGCCAAUGUGUUUAAAUAUAAGUGUCUGUCUUUGUACACAAAUUAA